CAACAGAAGAACCUAGAGGGCUAUGUGGGCUUUGCCAACCUCCCCAACCAAGUUUACAGAAAGUCUGUGAAGAGAGGUUUUGAGUUCACGCUCAUGGUUGUAGGGGAAUCUGGCCUUGGGAAGUCGACACUGAUCAACUCGCUCUUUCUGACAGACCUGUACUCCUCUGAAUAUCCAGGUCCUUCGCAUAGAAUAAAAAAAACUGUACAGGUGGAACAGUCAAAGGUUCUGGUGAAGGAGGGGGGCGUCCAUCUCAUGCUCACCAUCGUCGACACCCCCGGCUUUGGAGACGCUGUUGACAACAGUAACUGCUGGCAGCCGGUCAUCGAUCACAUCGACAGUAAGUUUGAGGAUUACCUCAACGCAGAGUCACGGGUCAACAGACGGCUGAUGCCGGACAACAGAGUGCACUCCUGCCUCUACUUUAUUGCCCCUUCUGGACAUGGACUGAAGCCCCUCGAUAUUGAAUUCAUGAAACGGUUACACGAAAAAGUAAACAUCAUCCCUCUAAUCGCCAAAGCCGACACAAUGACCCCAGAGGAGUGUCAACAGUUCAAGAAACAGAUCAUGAAAGAAAUCCAAGAGCACAAAAUCAAAAUCUACGAGUUCCCAGACACAGAUGACGAGGAGGAGAUGAGGCUGGUCAAAAAAAUUAAGGAUCGUUUACCGUUGGCCGUCGUUGGCAGUAACACCAUCAUCGAGGUCAAUGGAAAGCGAAUGCGUGGGAGGCAGUACCCAUGGGGUGUGGCUGAAGUGGAGAACGGAGAGCACUGUGAUUUUACAAUCCUCCGGAAUAUGCUCAUCAGGACCCACAUGCAGGACCUGAAGGAUGUGACAAACAACGUUCACUAUGAAAACUACCGCAGCAAGAAACUGGCUGCAGUCACCUACAACGGUGUGGACAACAAUAAGAACAAGGGACAGCUCACCAAACCUGAGACGGAUGAUGGCAUGAGUCCUCUGGCUCAGAUGGAGGAGGAGCGACGGGACCACGUGACCAAGAUGAAGAAGAUGGAACAGGAAAUGGAGCAAGUGUUUGAGAUGAAGGUCAAAGAGAAGCUCCAGAAGCUCAAAGACUCAGAGGUUGAGCUCCAGAGACGCCACGAGCAAAUGAAAAAGAACCUGGAGGCUCAGCACAAGGAACUGGAAGAGAAACGCCGCCAACACGAGGAGGAGAAGUCCGGCUGGGAGGCUCAGCAGAGGAUUCUGGAGCAGCAGAAGCUAGAGGCCUUCAGGACCUUGGAAAAGAACAAAAAGAAGAAGAUAUUUUAAUAACUCUGGAUGACGCACCUGAUGUUACAGUGUCAUGUUUUUUUGUUAUUGUUUUUGUUUUGGCCUGCGCUCGAUUGUCAGAACAUCUGCCAAUCAAACUCCAUGAAUUACAGAAUACAGUUUGACCAUAUUACUGUGUAAUAAUCAAGUGAAAGCCAGGGGGCAGUAUUGUCUGGACUAACUGUUAUUCUUCUACUGUCCUGUUGUUUGGGUCAGGGCUUUAUAUUAUAAACACGUACAUUCACAUACAAGAAAGGAAAAAAAAACUAGUUUAAGAAAGUGUUUUUAUCCUCUUUUUUUUGUGCUGUAACCUUUUUAAUGCCAAAUAAAAACCAAAGAGGUCAGGCAGCAGCAGCAGCUCACUGUUUAUAUAUAUACACGUGUAUGUACAUAUACAUGCAUAUGUAUGUAUGUAUAGGUAUGUUAUGCACCUCCAUCACCUGUAAUAUAAAUCCAGUAACCGUGUUUAUCUUCAGUCCUCUGUAACAUUUUCCUUACUUUUUAUCCGUGUGUUGUUUCCCUUUCUAUAGAAAUCAUGUGUUCAUUUUGCUUCCACUAUCGUAGCCAGUGUUUUUCCCUCCCUGACUUUACUCGUGCCGAGUGUAAACGAACGUCUGCACUUCGUCUUCAGCGUUUUUCCCAGACAGAGAGGACGCAGCAGAUUGUUUUCCGGUAAGUCUUUUGUUAGAUAUACGGGAGGGUGGACGGACGGGAAUGCUGAAGCUUAAAGAGGUGUCACCUCAGUAAAACUGUACCUUCCUUUUAUAUCACAUUUAGCAGCGUUUCUGUACUGCAUCUGUCUUUUUUUUUUUUUUGUAAUGUCCCAGUUUUCUGUUCUUAUUGUACAAAGUCACAUAAUAAAAUUGUGAUGGGGAAAAAACUUUUGGUAAAGUAUAAAGUUGUAAGACGAGUUAAUGAUAUGAUUAAAUUCCAGUGUGUAACAGUUUGGAGGGUUUGUUGGCAGACGCUGAAUAUACGACCAAUAAAUAUCUUUUUAUAAAUAUA